UAUACCUACAUAUACACAUGUACUCUAAAUAUAAGUUUCUGUGAGGUUAUAGCGUCAUUCAGUCAGGUAACAGCAGCAGUUAAAGUUAGUAAGCUGGGUCGACGAAGCGGCUUGGACGGAUAAAUGAAACAAGAGUACUGAAAACACGAACAAAGGCAGAUCUUCAAAUUAAAAAAAGAGCAGAAAGUGAAAGUAUUGCUUCUACGUAAUAAAUAACACACGCGAUCAGACAUAGAAAAUCUAACUGCUUGGAUUGAAGAGAAACCAAUAUUAAAUGUAUAGAAAUAAAACAAAGUGCUCGUAAGACAUCUUUGAAGCUAAAAGUACAGUGAUAAUCGAUCUGUGAGCCAAAAGUCAAGUAAACCCAUUUGCAUAAAAAUACGGCUUUGCUUAGUUAAUAAAUACCUUAAUAUCUUAUUCCAUCGUGGCAAACCCGACUCUCAUUAAGGAGAUUGUGUUGUUGUGAGUAAACAAUUUACAACACAAGUAAACAACGGAAUAACUGAAACAAAUUUGAAAAUUGAUCUAGUUAGCAACAGCCGGUGAACCAUGAAGAAGUUUGAAAUUAUUGCACCCGGCAAAGUAAUUCUUCACGGCGAGCAUGCCGUCGUCUACAAAAAGCCAGCGUUAUCCGCCGCUGUGGGACUUACAACAAAACUAAAAUUCCAUCCACAACCAGAAAAUCAAGUCUGUGUUUUUAAUUUAGACACACUAAAUUGCACAUUCGAGAUUCAAUUGAAACAGUUCAAUGAAUUUGUUAACGAGUUUCGCGUCAAAUAUCCUGGUGGUAAAUUGGAUUGCACGGCUAAAUUGCUUGAGGAUGUGCGUGUCGUUGUCGCGAAACAAUUGGAAGGAUCCAUCAGCAAUUCUCCUAAACAACUGCAAGCUCAAAAAUCAUUUUUGUCUAUAUAUUAUCUAUUGGCAGGAGCAGUUCUUUCGGCACCGAGUGCAGAACUUACUAUACAAUCGGGGUUUGAAGUCUACAUAGACACAGAGUUAACUAUUGGUUCUGGCCUAGGCAGCUCGGCUUCGUUUGGCGCAGUAGUAGCGGCGGCAUUUUUACUUUUUACAGGUCACUUCGACGAGCAGUCAUACAUUAAAUUAGAAAAUAAAGCACUUAUUUCUCAGUGGGCGUUUGAGUCGGAGCGCAUUAUGCAUGGUACACCAUCUGGCGUUGACAAUACUGUAGUGACUUACGGUGGAAUGUUACGUUUUGUUAAAGGGCAAGGCUUUCAAUCACUUAAUAUACAGCGACCAUUAAAUAUAAUGCUUGUAGAUAGUCGUGUAAAUCGUAGCACUGCUGAUAUUGUUGCUAAAGUACGGCAUCUGUCGGAGGCAUUUCCGAAAGUUGUGGACUCCAUAUGGGAUGCCUGUGAGGAAAUAGUGUCAAGCGCUAUACCGUUAUAUGAAAGCUUUGGUAAUGCGAAAGAUGAUAGUGAAAAGUUUGAAAAACUUGAGCGAUUGUUCCAAAUUAACAACGAUCUCCUCAAAGCUAUUGGUGUCACACAUCCCAAAUUGGAACAGAUAUUUGCUAUUGCCUUCAAGCGUGGGUUUUUUAGCAAAAUAACAGGUGCGGGUGCGGGAGGUUUUGCCAUUGUGCUUUUACCAGAAAAUUUCGAGAGCAAUCAGGUUUAUUGGAAGUUGAAAGAAGAAUUGGAGGCUGCUGGGUUUGGAGUGCAGGCUACCACCGCUGGUGGCGACGGCUUACGUAUUCUGGCUUUGGAAGAGUAAUUUCCAUUUGCCCUUACUAUCUUUAUAUUAACUUGUUGCUUCGAAUUUAAAAAUCACCUUAGUAUACUUAUCACUAUUCUUGAUUUCGAAUAAAUAUGUAAAACCAGGAUAAGUUUACACGGUUAAAAAACACAGUUUUGUUUUAAUUAAAUUUACUAAACAAAAUCAGAGUUUGCAUUGAAUUCAAGAAAAAACUGAAUAAAAAUUAACACAUUUAGGAAAAUAUGUAGGUAUGUAUGCACAUACAUAUGUACGCAUAUGAGUUUGUUUUAAUUUGUAUUAAAUUUUGUGGUCAACUUUGCGCAUUUUACUGUACUUACUAUUUGUACUUUUUGUAAUGGGCUUUAUAAUUACAAUAAAAAUAACUUUUGUACAUCA